GACAGUGUAACUGCAUUUGAGCUGGAGAUUUGACCGACAUCAACAUGAAGACAAUCUGUGUGCUUAUACUGUGCACUAUUGCACUGUCGUCUGCUGAAGACCAUCCUCGUGGCAGGAUGAUCCAGGUCUGCGGAGCUGAACUCGCCAGGGCUGUCAAACGUGUUUGUGAAGACGGAGACCUGGAUUUCUUUAACCUCCAACACUUACAGCAUCAUCACCAGCAUAAUCACCAACCAGAUCACCAACAUGAUCACCAGGGUGGUCAUCACCAUGAGUCGAAGGGGCAACUGAUGAAGAGAGACACAUCCACCACUUUAGCUGACCAUUGCUGCCUCAAGCCAUGUCAUGUGAAAGAUUUUGUCAGCUAUUGUCCUUGAAUGGAAACUCCUCAAGAUAAUAUCUUACUUAGACUUAAGUUUAAUACAAAAUGUGUAUGGUCGAAGACAUAAUUAUAAGUGGUGAAAUAAUCGUCGUAGAAUCUUAAUUUAGUUUGAAUAUGUUUCUUAGUUCUAGAGUCUUGUUAUUGUAUAUUCAUUUCCGCUGCUGAAACUGCCUUAUUUACAUAAAUAUAAAUAAAUUUAAU